GGCGGUUUUUGCAUUGAAAAUUAUAAAAAAUAUAAAUAUAAAUAAAAUACAGAAUGACCGCAUUUGAGGAGUUUGGCGUUCUCCCGGAGCUGGGAAAGGCCACCGACGAAGCUGACUGGACCCUGCCGACCGAUGUGCAGGCGGAGGCCAUACCUCUCAUAUUGGGUGGCGGCGAUGUGUUGAUGGCCGCCGAGACCGGUUCCGGAAAAACGGGAGCCUUCUGUCUGCCCAUCCUGCAAAUUGUGUGGGAGACUUUACGAGACAUUGAGGAGGGAAAGGCUGGCAAAGGCGGCGGGGGCACCGCAGCAGCUGUGUCCCCCUGGACAAUGUCCUUUUACGAUCGGGGCAAUGCUCUAGCUGUGACCCCUGAUGGACUGCGUUGCCAGUCGAGGGAGUUUAAGGAGUGGCACGGAUGUCGUGCUACCACCGGAGUGCGCGGCAAGGGAAAGUUCUACUUUGAGACGACAGUAACGGAUGAGGGACUGUGCCGUGUCGGCUGGUCCACACAGCAGGCUAAUCUGGAUUUAGGAACCUGCCGGCAUGGCUUCGGAUUCGGCGGAACGGGCAAGAAGUCAAACAAUCGUCAGUUCGAUGACUACGGCGAGGCCUUUGGCAAGGCAGACGUCAUUGGCUGCCUGCUGGACUUGCAGCGCCUGGAGCUGAGCUUCACCAAGAAUGGCCAGAGCCUGGGCGUGGCCUUCCGCGUGCCAGAGAACCUCAGCAAGGAAACAUUUUACCCGGCUGUGGUUCUUAAGAACGCCGAAAUGUUGUUCAACUUUGGCAAAACAGACUUCAAGUACAGUCCAGGCAAUGGAUUCGUAGGUGUCUGCCAGGCCGGGUCGGAGCACAUCAAGGCCAAUCCCUUGGCCAGUCCCACCGCUAAUGCGACAGCCGCCAAAGCAGCCCCCAACGCUCCCCAAGCCAUCAUUAUAGAGCCCAGUCGGGAGCUGGCCGAACAGACCUACAACCAGAUCGAGAAAUUCAAGUACCACUUGAGUAAUCCGGAAGUACGCUCCCUGCUGCUCAUAGGCGGGGUCCGACUGGACGAGCAGAAGGCUCAGCUCCAGCAGGGCAUCCACAUUGUGGUGGGCACUCCCGGCCGCCUGGAAGAGUUGAUUAACAGUGGCUUCGUGCUGCUCACCCAUUGCCGGUUCUUUGUGCUGGACGAGGCAGACGCGCUGCUCAAGCAGGGCUACACGGAUCUCAUCGACCGUCUGCACAAGCAAAUACCAAAGAUCACGGCGGAAGGGCGCCGCCUCCAGAUGAUUGUCUGCUCGGCCACGCUGCACGCUUUCGAGGUUAAGAAAAUGGCCGAGCGCCUGAUGCACUUCCCCACCUGGGUGGAUCUGAAGGGCGAAGAUGCCGUGCCCGAAACCGUACAUCAUGUGGUCUGCCUGGUGGAUCCGCAGGCAGAUCGAAGCUGGCAGUCCCUCCGCCAGCCCAUCCGCACCGACGGUGUGCACGAUCGCGACAAUGUGCAUGCCAGCUAUCCGUCGGAGGAGACCUAUUCGCAGGCUGUCAAGCUCCUAAAGGGCGAGUACUGCUUCCAUGCCAUAGAGAAGCAUCAGAUGGAUCGUGCCAUCAUCUUCUGUCGCACCAAGCAGGACUGCGACAACCUGGAGCAGUACCUCAAGCAGCGCGGGGGUCAGCGCUUCUCCUGUGUCUGUCUGCACGGCGACCGUAAGCCGCAAGAGCGCAAACAGAAUCUGGAGAUGUUCAAGCAGCAGCAGGUCAAGUUCCUGAUAUGCACAGAUGUGGCUGCCCGCGGUCUGGACAUCACAGGAUUGCCCUUCAUGAUAAAUGUAACUCUGCCCGACGACAAGGCCAACUACGUGCACCGCAUCGGACGUGUUGGUCGAGCCGAGCGCAUGGGCCUGGCCAUCAGUUUGGUCUCCACGGUGCCGGAAAAGGUCUGGUACCAUGGCGAGUGGUGCAAGUCGCGCGGCCGCAAUUGCAGCAAUACCAAUCUGACCGAUGUUCGCGGCUGCUGCAUUUGGUAUAACGAGCCGAACCUGCUGGCCGAGGUCGAGGAUCACCUGAACAUCACCAUACAGCAGGUGGACAAGGCCAUGGAGGUGCCCGUCAACGAUUUCGACGGAAAGGUGGUCUACGGGCAGAAGAAUCUGAACACCGGCACCGGCUACAAAGACCAUGUGGAGCAGCUGGUGCCGACGGUGCGGAAACUAACAGACUUGGAACUGCAAUCACAAUCUUUAUUCUUGAAACGCCUUAAAUUCUAAUUUUGGAUUUGGAUUGAGUGUUUGGGUUUUGCUAAGCAAGGACAAUGUUACAUCGAUGUUACACGCGAAACGGGAGGAGUUGGCCCUACAAUUGGAUAGUCUAUGGUGGCCAACACUCGCGGGAAUACUUUAUGGUACACAAACACACACACACACAUAAAUAUCUUUAGACAUCGGAGAUGGGCCUCGGACUCGACUUUAGACCCGCUCCAGAGAACGCACGAGAUACCAUUACGAGUAAACAUUAAAUAAAACUAACAUUAAAAUCUUC